AUGGAUGAGUAUUCCGGUAAAAGAGCUGUUGAUAGGCUUGUCUCUAAAAAGGGAUCUGGUCUUGUUUUGAGGGAAACUCCAAACAGAGACCGCAAUGCUCAGCUCUGCAGCCGACUGGGAUGUAGUGGAAGAUUGAACACCGUGAAAGGUGCUCAAUUUGAAAAGGCCAAGUCGUCAAGGCCUGCAUUCCGCAGUACUUCAAGUGGGAAAGAGAUAAUUGGAAGUUCCUCUAGGUCUUGCAUUGCUGUUGGCAACACAAGAAAAUCCAUAACAGAACCUUGCAAAAAGCUAUCUUCUAAUUUGGAAACAGAUUCAUCUGAAACCAGUAGUGUUCAGGAUGAUCCUGAAGUUUCAGAGCUUGCUCCCCCACCUGGAAAGAUUCAAAGAGGGCUGCACCCUGAAUCUAAAAAUGCUGAGUCCAGUGAGGUCACCUUGAUGGAAGUUGGAAGCUCUGAUGUAGCAUCAAAUACAAGAUCUCGAAGGAGUUUCAAUCAGAGAUCUGGAUUGCGAAACCAAGAUUCCUUAGUUGGGUCUAAUGUUUCUUUGGGAUCUAAAAACACCAGCCAAGCAACACGGGCUAGCACAACCAGGAAUGGUUUAAGAAAUCUAAGAUGCAAUUCAAUGUCCGAUGUUGUCCCGUCCAGUUGUUCAUCAUCAGAUUCAAGCCUCAAUAGAAGAGAGACCAUAAAGAAAAGAAUUUCUGAAGGAGAAUGUAGCUCUGCUGCUAGGGGGAAGAAGAUGAAUGGGUCAUCAUCAGCAGGACAAAACUCCAAUUCUGGCCAUGGCAUCUCAAUUUCUGAUUCAAGAAGAGUUAGGAAUAUGCCUUCUAACAGGGAUAAUGGUGCUGCAUCAGUUAGGACUCGGCGAACCGUCACUGGUCACUCGAGGGGAAGGCUUUCUAAUCAAGGAAAUGGGAACAAUUUAUCAGCCAAUGGAUCCCCUGUAGUUGGCCCGCAGACGUAG